GGUAGUAGUGAUAUCUGUGGAAUGAACCACACUUCAGAAUUAUCCACAUCAAUUCGAAGAAUGUAAUACAUCCAAGUGAUAGAAGAUGAGUUGAUCCCGGUGGUUCUGCUCAUAUAAAAACAGAAAUUAGAUCUGGCCGAGUUUGAAGGGGAAAAUGAUUUCGAACCCUCAUUGAUAACUACGGGCGAAUCCAGGUUGGAUUCAAGCUUGCAAAUAUGAUCGGCGGCUUGUAUGAUGGAGGCCCCGCUUAUCAUUCGGUCGGCAGCGGACGCAUCGAGACAUUCCACUGGCGUUCGCACGUUAAACUCUCUAGAAUAAUAAUUCUGGUUCCGGUCGUUCUCUUCAUUGUGCCACUCUUCACGCAUUAUUAUCUAUCUAAGGUUGAAUCAGAUUCCCCAAACAUCGAUAUCCAUCGAACGAGAUCAAAACUUGAAGCGUUUGAGGAUUUCACGUCGAUGAAAGCAUCAGACCUUAAAUCCCGAAUUGAGGAAAUGAUGAGGAUAAAAAUAUCGGUCAGCAAUGAGCUUCGAGAUCUUGAGGCUAAGCGUCAGCGUCUCCAAAUGGAAGUCAGUGGUUUUACGCAGCGAAUAGACGAGUUGAAGCAGGAGCUACUUCACCAGCAGACUGACCUUGACAGGCUCAAAAUCAGCGUCGUUCAGGCUCAAGUCGCACAGCGGGAAGCUGUCGAGAGAAACACGCCAGAACUUGCGCCGCCAAAAAGAAUGCUCGUCGACAGUUUGCCACCAAAAAUUCCGCCUAGCCGUCACGUUCGCUCGUGUCGUAUGUACAAUUGCUUCGAUCACAGCCGAUGUGCGUUAACCAGCGGUUUUCCUGUCUUUCUCUACGAUCCUGAUUUAUACUCGGUUGUUAAUGCUGCGUGGGAUGUUGAUGGGUUUCUCAAAACUACCAUAAAGCAGACGCUAGGCUACAAUCCACACUUAACAGCGAAUCCGGCAGAGGCUUGCAUCUAUAUCGUUCUAGUCGGUGAGGCUUUGUCCACAGAAUCUCAUGGGACUAAGUCAAGUCCUUUGGAUGUCGAAAAGCUGCAUUCGCUACCAUAUUGGGGUGGCGAUGGAAGGAAUCACAUCCUGCUGAAUCUCGCACGACGGGAUCUUUCCAUCGGUUCAGGUAACAUAUUCGACCAGCUAGACACAGGAAGAUCGAUGCUCGUCCAAUCGACGUUCCGACGUUCCCAAUUUCGGGACAAUUUCGACCUUAUAGUCCCGCCGAUCCUUGGUCCGCCAGGAGGAGACAUAUGGCAGGACUGCCCAUCGAUGUUGCCGGCGCGUCGAAAGUACUUGCUUUCCUUCCAGGGGGAGAUGAAGUCCGCUUCGCGAUUCGCGACGACGCCGUUGGGCCGUUCGGACGACACUGAUGCGGACAACGAGUCGAACCUGGACGCUUUCAUAAUCCAGCACCUGCGCGAAAUGACCGCUGGAAUGACGCUGGACAAAUUCCUGAUCCAAUUCGAGUGCAUUCCGGCCUCAGACGAUCGAAAAUCGGUCGAAAUUGCCGAUUGGUCACUGUGUGGAACUGACUCGUCGCGAAAAUCGGUCCUCAAGGACUCAACCUUCGCCCUUAUCCUCGCGCCGAGCGACGCAGAAUUCCUUUCUACAACCUCGAUGCAGGCUAGACUAUACGAGGCGCUGAGGGCCGGGGCGAUUCCAGUUAUUCUGGGCGGAGAUCAGGUCCUGCUCAGCUACGGCGAAGUCGUCGCCUGGCGCAGAGCAGUCGUCUUUCUGCCCAAGGCUAGAGUCACAGAGAUGCACUUUUUGCUUCGCGCAAUUCCGGACAGUGACUUACUUGCCAUGCGAAGGCAAGGAAGAACUCUCUGGGAAAGGUAUUUGGGCGUAGCUCAAGGUGCCGUCGACACCGUCGUCGCUGUCAUUAGAGACAGACUCGGAAUUCCUCCGCUUCCAGCCCCGCAGACGCCAAGUCCCAGUGUUUUCAACGAGACGUUUGUUCCUCUGAGGGCUGACAAUAUCGUUGCUGAACCCGAGGCUGAGGAGAGCCUCGGACCUCUUGAACCUCCUUAUCCUUCCCCAUCUUUCAGGAGGAAUUACUCCACUUUUCUUACCCAGGGGCAUAUCAUUUGGAAUGACUGGGCCGAUCCGUUCAAUCUUUAUCCUCAGCUACCUUACGACACGGUGCUUCCCAGUGACGCCAAGUUUAUUGGAUCUGAGGUCGGCUUUAGACCGAUUGGAAAAGGUGCAGGCGGCGCGGGUAAGGAGUUUAGCGAGUCACUGGGUGGAAAUCAUCCCAGAGAACAAUUUACGAUUGUUAUGCUGACAUACGAGAGAGAGCAGGUGCUCAUUAACGCCCUGGCCCGACUUUAUGGUUUGCCGUAUUUGAACAAAGUCCUCGUCGUUUGGAACAGCCCAAAAGCGCCGAUGGAGGAUUUGAGGUGGCCUGAAAUCGGAGUACCGAUACACGUAAUCAAGGCCCUCAGAAACAGUUUAAACAACAGAUUUUUACCGUUUGACGCGAUCGAGACUGAAGCAGUUUUAUCAAUCGAUGACGACGCUCAUUUGCGACACGAUGAAAUAAUGUUCGGCUUCAGGGUUUGGAGGGAGCAUCGUGACAGAGUCGUUGGUUUUCCGGGUCGCUUUCACGCCUGGGAUCAGAAUUAUCAUAACGCGUGGAAUUACAAUUCGAAUUACUCAUGCGAAUUGUCGAUGGUUUUGACCGGUGCCGCGUUUUUCCACAAACACUACACCUAUCUCUACACUCACUGGCUGCCUCAAGCUAUCAGGGAUAAAGUCGACGAAUAUAUGAACUGCGAAGACAUCGCGAUGAAUUUUUUGGUGUCUCAUAUCACAAGGAAACCGCCCGUCAAGGUUACAUCGCGUUGGACGUUCAGGUGUCCCGGAUGUCCGGUUUCACUCUCCGAAGACGACACGCAUUUCCAAGAGCGUCAUAAGUGCAUAAACUUCUUUUCUCAGGUUUUUGGAUACAUGCCACUUUUGAAUACCCAGUACAGAGCAGACUCCAUAUUAUUCAAGACUAGAAUACCGCACGACAAGCAAAAGUGUUUUAAAUUUAUAUAAUAAAACUGGACAGUCCAAGAUGAAAAAGGUAAUAUACCUAAAUCUAAUUUAUCAUAAUUGGUAACUGAUUUACAUAUGUAUAUAUGAGAAAGCAUAAAGAGUUAUUGAUUUAAUUAUCAAAUCAAACGGGAACUGUUAGCGUUAAUAAAAGUUUUCGAGUUAGGUAGUUAAUUUCUGUCUUACAUGGAAUAUAUAUUUAUCCUUAGGAUACGAUGCAUUUUAGCUCAACUCUGUGACAAGAAAUUUUUUAUA